CCAAAAAAGUCUUAAUUGAAUCGUCGUUACACUGCAAAAAUUGUAAACAAAAAAUGAAUGCCAGAAUUUAGAACGUUAAUGAGUGUUAAUCGAGUUAUAAAUUAAGAUAGAAGAAGUGCACAAUUCGCAUUUUAGUUGUACAGUGAUUGAACACUAGCGAUGUCUAGAAAACUUCUUCACUCUGUGACAAAUACAAAAGGAGCUUUUGUUAGGAGCGAAUCAAAAUUCCGGAACUUCAUCACAGCGGACGGAUCCUCUGAGUUUCCAGCAGAAGCUAAUCGUUAUCAUUUAUACGUAUCACUGGCAUGCCCAUGGGCACACCGUGCGCUUAUAGUGCGGAGUAUUAAAGGAUUAGAAGAUAUCAUUUCGUGUACAGUUGUUGAUUGGUUCAUGACAGAUAAAGGAUGGAAUUUUACUGACAAGAAGGACAAAUGUACUUUAGAUACUGUGAAUGGAAAAGAAUUUCUCCGACAGGUUUAUGAAAUAGCUAGUCCCAAUUACGAUGGACGGACAACAGUACCACUGCUUUGGGAUAAAACAAAGAAAACUGUUGUUAACAACGAAUCCAGCGAAAUCAUACGAAUGUUAAAUUCUGAAUUUAAUGCAUUCUGUCCAACGAAAGAGCAAUCAUCUAUCGACUUGUAUCCAGAGAAACUACGAUCACAAAUUGAUGACGUUAAUUCCUGGAUUUAUACAGACAUAAACAAUGGCGUAUAUAAAUCAGGAUUCGCCCGAACUCAGGAGGCAUAUGAUACUGCUGUCACAGCUCUAUUUAAAUCGUUAGAUCGAGUUGAAGAGAUACUUUCCAAGAGCAGGUAUUUAGUUGGUGACCAGUUAACGGAGGCAGACAUACGGCUAUUUCCUACGUUGGUUAGGUUUGAUGCUGUUUAUCACGGUCAUUUCAAGUGUAACAAGAAAAGAAUAAUCGACUACCCGAACAUGUGGAAGUAUACAAGAGAUAUAUACCAGACAGGUGGUGUAUCACAAACGGUCGAUAUGUGUCACAUAAGGUGGCAUUAUAUGUAUAGCCAUGAGAGUAUUAACCCCUACAGAAUAAUUUCGGUUGGUCCUGACCUUGAUUUCAAUGAACCACAUGGAAGAGAAAAAAUGAAGCGUUAGCAAUCAGAUAGGAUCGCAUAAUGACAGUUUAUCAAUAUUUUAUGGAAAUAUGAGGAGACAAUUAAAAAGAAAGACUUUGAAACAAUGCAUUCGUUUAUAAAGAAUAAAAAACA